AUGGACCGUUGCUCUCGUCUGACCCUUGUUCAUCAUCCAUUCCCAAGCCAUCUAGGAGAAAUAGUGUCUUUCGAGAACGCCUUGAUGGGCACGGGUCUACCAGUUAAUUUGCAGUCGGCGUCUCAACUUCCAGUGCCAGAAGCUGGUGCACAUUUGUAUUUAGCUUCAACUCGACCUCAUCCAUCGAAUAACCGUGAACGGAUUCUUCGACGAUCUGAAUGGAUUCAAUCGGCAGCUGACGUCGGCCAACCAGAAUUGAAGCUACUGCUGCAUUCCUCUCUUUGGUAG